GCAUGUUCUGAUGUACUGAAAAGAUGUACAGUUUCUCUAAUACAGCUUUGUGGCUACUGCACCAAAAACAAGAGAGAGAGAGCAUGACAAAAGCACUAAAGCACACUAGUACCCAACAAAAAAGAAAGACGGAGAAUGCAUGUGCAAAACCAAAAAUUUCAAACUUCAAAGCCUAUGUGUUGAGAGUAGGUGAGGCAGUCAUACAAACUACAGCACUGCCUCUGGCUCUGGCUCGCACAUUUUGCCCUACAAGAGAUGGUGGACGGCUAGUUGUGAAAAGAUGUGCUCAACACAAUAUGUCAAGGACUAGAGAAGGUGGAGAUCAUACCCUAAGAUGGGGAAAAGCUGCCAAACUCUCUCUUGUUUGAUCCUAUCCAUUCAUUUGUCUCUCAACAUGUCAACAGUUCAUUAGGUUAUUUGACAAAAUAAUUGUGUACUGAUUUUUGAUUAUAUAAACUAAUAAGGGCAAUUGAUUGGAUUAGAAUUGUCA